AUGAUUUUGAUCCUCGCUCUCGCCUGUGGGCUGGCGAGCUGCAUCGAGUACCGCGAGAGUUCUCACGGGGAAUAUGGUAACGAUCCACAUUACAGUUACGAGUUUGCUGUCCAAGACCCCAAGACUGGGAACGUCCACAGCCAAAAGGAGGAGAGGAAGGGAGGCAGUACGCAGGGGGAGUACAGCGUAUUAGAAGCUGAUGGCUCCAAGAGGUUGGUACAGUACAGCGUUCAUGGCAAGGGAGGCUACUCUGCCCAGCUGGAUCAUGGAGACACCAGCUACAAGUCUUCUGGAGAGCUACAAUCCUAUUACAAGUCAGGCUCCAGCUAUGAGAGCAGUUCCAGUAAAAAAUCUGCCGGUUUUCUUGAGUCUCUACCAACUUUUAAAGGCUACAAGCCCAGUUAUGGGCCUAGCUACAAAGCUCCUCUGCCAAGUUAUGGACCUAGCUACAAGGCCCCUCUGCCAAGUUAUGGACCUAGCUACAAGGCUCCCCAACCAAGUUAUGAACCUAGCUACAAAGUCCCCCAACCAAGUUAUGAACCUAGCUACAAUGCACCACUACCAAAUUAUGAACCUACCUACAAAACUCCCAUUCAAAAUUAUAAACCUAACUAUGAGUCUCCUCUCUCCAGCUACAACCCUAAUAGCUACGAGUCUCCUCUCUCCAGUUACAAAUCUAACUACCAGUCCCCCCUGUUGAAAUACAAACCCAAAUAUAAAGCUCCAGAAAACAGACCAUAUGUACCAAUUUUUGAAUCAGGCAAUAAGCCAGUUGUGCCCACAUCCGUUUUCACACCGGCCCUUGUAACUUAUCAACCAACCGAAAGAGCUGGGUACAUGCCGUUCCCAAGCAACCAGCCCGCAUAUCCAGGUUACCAGUACGGUGGUCAAGGUUACCAAACUGUUCUUCCAAGUUACCAAGCUGCAGUUCCAAGCUACAAACCUGCCCUCGCAGGUUACAAUCCCUCAGUACCUACCUUCAAGGCUGCUGCUCCAAGUUACCAAUCCGCUUUCCCGAGCUACGAACCUGCAGUCCCUAGCUAUGGAAGCAGUUACAAAGCCGCAAGUCCUAGCUAUCAGAGUAGCUACAAAGCUGCCGCUCCAAGCUACGAACCCGCUGGUCCUAGCUACGGAAGUAGCUACAAAGCUGCUGCUCCAAGCUACGAACCUGCAGCUCCUGGCUACGAAAGUAGCUACAAAGCGGCUGCUCCAAGCUACGAACCUGCAGCUCCUAGCUACGAAGCUGUCGCUCCAAGCUACAAACCAACCUAUGGCGAAGGCACUGCCACUUCCAGCGUUUCCUUUUCUACGAAAGGCGCUACUGUGAUAACGUCGACAAAGCACAUAUUACCUCCAAAGAAACACUAUUGAGUGUUUAGAACUGACUGUAGAUAGUUUUUUUAA